AUGGUGGGCAUGGACGUGCUACGAAUGGGUGACAUCGCAAAUGCAUCGUAUUACAGCAUCCCGCCCAGAUUCGACAGCGGGCGGCACCCGGGGCCGGCAAAACAAUAUAUCUGGCUUAUUAGCGGUCUUAUGCACGUGUACUUGCCAAACGCCACGGGUGAAGUAAUCGUACAUGGUGGCAGAUAUGGGCUCAUGUAUGUCGACGAUAGGGCGGAUGUCUCGAUUUGGGGUCACAGGACGACGUUUCCAGGAGACGACGAAACGAUUCUCCUUAUGAUUCCUGUUCGAGAUGGGAUUAACCCUCCCCAUUCCGUUUUACAUGAUGGACCCUGCAACAUUGGGGCGGCGCCGGCUGGUACCGGAGAAUGGACACCGUUGGACCCGUGACUACUUAUAAAGAGUAGUAUAAUAUGACAAUGUGUAAGAAGUCAUACCGAACCCAAUUUCAUCUCCUGACAAUGAUAGCUGUCGACGAUUAAAAAGUACUAGACAAAUUUGAAGAUCUUAUUGUAUUCAAAUAUGCUUGUAUUAAACAGUACAGGAGCUAUGGUUCGUUUAUCGUUCCUUGAUUUCGUCUCCGAUGCAGUAUUUAUAGGUAGCACCUUGUUUGAUCUUGAGAGGUUCGGAAAGAAGUUAGAUACUAAUAGGUGCC